AUGCGUCCACCGCCCCCGCGGUUCAACGACGCGCCAUCGACGACGACGUGCGAAGAUGACGACGCGAACGGCGGACGCGCGCGAGACGACGCCGACGGGUUCGCGGCGCCGGAACCGCGCGCGAGAGCGAGCGACGAGCGAGCGCCGCCCCUGGGGAAGACGUACGAUGAACCGUCGUGGGGUGGGACGCCGUCGACGGAGUUUUACCUGGACUGUCUGAAGGGUGGGACGAUGCUCGAGCGCGCGGCGCUGGGCGCGCGCGCGGAUGGAACGCGCGGGUCCUGGGUGUCGUUCGGACGACAUCCGUCGUGCGAUGUCGUCGUCGAACACCCUUCGACGUCUCGAUUACACUGCGUGAUACAGUUUAAGAAGGACACGACGGAGGUGUACGUGUACGAUUGCGGAAGCGCGCACGGGACGUUUGUGAAUAAGCGUCGGGUGAAGCCAAACGUACACGCGCCGGUUCGAGUGGGGGAUCACAUAAAGCUGGGAGAGUCGAGCAGGGUUUAUAUCUUGGACGGUGACGCGAGCUUGAUGCCGGAAGAAGGUCUGAGCGCGGCGGAGAUGAAAGCAUUGGCCGCGCUUGAGCGCGCGGCGGAGGAAGAGACGAAACGCGAGUUGGCCAAGCUCAAGGCAGAACGCGAGGCGGCGCGCGCAGCGGAGGCCGCUGCGAAGGCGGGCUCGUCGUGGGGGAUGAUGGACGCGGAUGAAGAGAUCACGGAGCGUCAGCGCGCGUUCGAGGAGCUGGAUUGGCGCUCGUACGAUGGAAAAUUGAGCGACAGGCAGUCGAAGCAGCGGGACAACAUUUAUCGCAAGGAGGAAAAAAUCUCGAGCAUGCGCACGGAAAUCGAUCGUAUUCGCGCCAAGGAAACGCAGCAAGAGGGCGGCUUAUCGGCUGGCCAAAUACAACGUGCAUCGCAACUUGAGCGCGCGAUCGAACAGCUUCAAGAGGAGAUCGAGGACGCCGACGAGGCGUUGAACGAAUCCUUGCGCGUGAGUCUCGGGUUGCAGAUUGGUACGUCCGCAAAACGUCGCCGCGGUCGAAAUUCGGACGAUGAGGACGAGGGAAGCGACGAAGAUGGAUUUUUCGAUCGUUCAGGGACGAGCGCGAGUCGUAAGCGUCGUCGAGAUGUGAAGAAGAACGUCUCCAGUUCAAAGGGGGAGCCGAAGACACUGGAGACGGCCACGACGCUAUGGGAUAAACGCAUCGCUAUCGAGGCUUCGAUCGCGGAGACCGAGGAUCUCAUCACCGUGACCGAAGAGGCUGCGCGUGCUGAGCGGCAGCGCACCGCGGGCACGUCUACCGAUGGCGACGCCUUGGACGCGUACAUGGAUGAGAUUGGCGCAUCACGAUUUACGGCGCAAGCGUAUAAAUUGCGCGAGACGCUCGCAGAGAAAGUGUCCGAGCUCGAGCGUAUUUCUAGGUUAUUGAAGUACGCGGAUCCCACGGAAGAGUUCCAGCCGGGAUCGGCGAAAGGCGACACCAUGCGUCAGCGAGCCGAAGAAGCGGAAGCGAAACGCAUUGAAGACGUGAAACGCCGAGCCGCGGAACUGGAGGCAAAGCGAGCCGAGGAGCGCACGGAGAGAGAGAAACGCGAAGCCGAGUCUCGACGUGCCGCGGAGUGGGAGCGCCAAGGAAACGUUCAAGAAAAGCGCAAGUUCACUGGCGCCGGUGAGCGGAGCGCCGAUCCUGAGCGCGCGACGAAAACAAUCGUCGAGGCUGACGAGGACGGACCCGUAGUCGUCGAAACGGAACCGGCUCCGACCGAAGCGCGAGCGCGCUCGCCAUCGCCUCCCCGUGCGCCGCCGCACCCGCCCGCACCCUCAGUCAAAGACGACGACGAUGACGGCUUCUUAAUGCCGGAUCAACUCCGAGCCGGUCUCGAGAUCCGCAAACGCCCCACCGUCGCGCCCGCCGAGCGCUCCGAAGCCGAGCUCCGAGCCGAAGCCGACGUUCAGAGACUCCUCGCCGCGGGUCACCCGCCCUCCCGAGACGUCGACGACGCUCGAGACGAUUUCCAAGACGUCACCGCGCUUCCGAUCACGAGCGACGCCCAACGCGCCCUGCGCGAGCGCCUCGGGUACUGA